AGUAUCAGUAUUUAACAUUUUUAUUUUACAAUUUUACAUUUGUAAUUCAGAAAUCAAAAACUGAAUCUAAGUACGAACAAAUUCAACAAUAAAUAACAACACGAUCACACUGAAUUAAAUUUUCUUGUCAGAAUCGCCAGUGAAGAAUAUGCUUAGGUAGCACUCCGUAUUGAAUAAUAGUGGGUUUGUGUAUAAUGUUCGUGAAUUUUCUAUUAUAGUAACCCAAUUUUCAAGAAAAACCAUGAAUUUUURUUUAAAACCACAGAACAGAUAAUAAAAUGUUGUUCAAGGCAUUUCAUAAAAUGCGACCUAUGUGUGGUAUGCAUUGUCCUCUAAGCUCUGUAUUUAGCAAACGUUUACAUAAUACUAGUUCAAAAAGUGCACAAAAAAGGAGAAUACGUUCUACUGUAUAUUAUCUUUCUUCAUUAGGAGUAUUAACGGUCGGUCUUAGUUAUGCGGCUGUGCCACUAUAUAAAAUGUUUUGUCAGGCAUUCAGUUAUGGUGGAACACUGAGCCAUAACAUAGAAGAUUCAAAAGUAGAAACAAUGAAACCCAAUAGAACCCGGGAGAUUAAAGUUCAUUUCACUGCUGAUACGUCGUCCAGCAUGCAAUGGAGUUUUAAACCUCUUCAGAAUGAAAUCAGAGUGGCACCAGGUGAAACAGCAUUAGCAUUCUACACAGCUAAAAAUCCAUUAGAUAAAGCAAUUACGGGUAUAAGUACAUACAAUGUUGUACCUUUUGAGGCAGGACAAUAUUUUAAUAAAAUACAAUGUUUUUGUUUUGAAGAACAACAGUUAAAUCCAAAUGAAGAGGUUGAUAUGCCAGUGUUUUUUUUUAUUGAUCCUGAGUAUACUACUGAUCCAAAAAUGGAAAACAUUGAUGACAUAACAUUGUCAUACACAUUCUUUGAAGCCAAACAAGGUGUAGAUUUAUCAAAUAUUUUCAAACACUGAUACAGUUAUGUUUCUAGUAGUAAACAUUGUUAAUGGAAUUGUGUAAAGGCAUUAUUUUUACAUAUUUUAAAAAAUGUGUAAUAAAUGUUUUAUAAAUAGUUUUGAAACUCAA